AUGGCGGCGAACGGCGGCCAGGAGGCGGCGAGGUACGGCGGCGCCGGCGGCGGGAAGAGGGAGCUGCCGAACAAGCAGCAGCAGGCGGCGGGCGGGUGCGGGCACUACUUCCAGAUGCCGCUGCACUACCCGAGGUACAGCCGGGAGGACUACGAGGCCAUGCCUGAGUGGCAGCUCGACCGCCUCCUCUCAGAGUACGGCCUGCCCGCCGCCGGCACCGUCCACCACAAGCGCACCUUCGCCAUGGGAGCCUUCCUCUGGGGCGCCGGCGGCGGUGGCGGCAACAACAACCAUUAG